GGGAGCGAACAAAGCUCCGGCUGCUCUCCGGCUGCUCUGCGGCUGUCUGCGGGCCUCUGUCUGCCGUGAAGGAGGGCGGGUCGGCAGCAGCAGAUUUUGGGCAGCAGCUGACGGUGCCGCUCUUCCUCCCUUCCCCGGAUCCUCUCUGCUCGCCUAACGUGAUUUGCACUAAUUGGAUCCGGAGCGGACGGCGGGCUGUGCGGGGAACGGUGACCUCUAGUAAACCUGGUGACGCUCGUCCGGGUUUGGGGCAGUUUCUGCGCGUUAUUGCGCAGCGCGGACACUGACGCAGCGAGACGGGGGGGGAUGACCAACUGAUCGGGCGCAUCCGUAGGUGAAACUGCGCACUAAAGGCGCAUCCGUGCAAGAUGAUGUCGCUGAUAGAUCUGGAUGAUGACCAGAGGUGGGUGCCCACGCACGUGAAUGUCACCGUGCUCCGCGCGCGCGGACUGCGCACCAAGGGCAAGCACGGCAGCCGCUACCUCUACACCAUCAUCCAGCUGGGGAAGGAGAAGUACACCACCGGGCUGGUGGAGAAGGCGGAGGUGCCCGUGUGGAAUGAGGAGUGCUGCUUCGAGCUGCUCCCCGGAGUCCUGGAGGACGGGGGCCGCGGCGCCUACCCCCCGGGGAGCGGGGACCUGGUCCUCACGGUCAUGCACCGGGUGCUGAUCGGGUUGGACGUGUUCCUGGGUCAAACCAUCAUCCCUCUGGACAGGAGCUUCCAGGACGGAGUGUGUCCCAGAGAAGAAUGGUUUAAGCUGAACUCUAAGGCUGGGAGGAAGGAGAAGGAGCGUGGCGAGCUUCAACUCACCGUCCAGUUCACUCGCAACAACAUGACAGCCAGCAUGUUCGAUCUCACCAUAAAGGACAAGCCCCGGUCUGCAUUUGGCAAGCUCAAGGACCGCGUCACCGGGAAGAAGAGAGGGGACAUGGAGUCUUCUUCGGCCAUCGUGCCAGGUCGCUACGCCGCCCUGUCGGGAUCCGUGGGGCCGCCCUUUGGAGAGGAGGUCGGGGGACCGGCAGAGCCAGAGAUAUCCGAGGAGAAGAGGAACAAGAUGAAGGAUUUCUUCAAAGGGAGGCUGAGAAAGUCGUCAGACACCAGGUCAUGCUCGUCCCUGGCUUCAGAGAGCAGUAUGUCUUCCAUGACCAGCGACAACCUCGGCCCCCCACCCAGUCUGGAUCUGCUGUCCGAUCCCCCCAGCUCUCCCAUCUACACGAGCAAAGUGAGAGUCAACUCCCAGUAUGGAGACGCAGAUUUAGCCAAGAAAGUCCUCACAAGUCAGCACACCACUAAGGUUCUGACACACAAGCGAGCUUUCAGCGAUGAAGCCGGAAUGAUCACAGCAGCCUUCCCUCCACCAAACGCUGCGGUGGAGACUCUCAAAGGCCACACCAUGACUCAGUCCAAGUCUUCGUUGUGCAUAAACGGAAGCCACGUCUACGACUCGGAGCCAUCCACUCCGAAAAGCUCCGGUCCGCUCCCGACCAAGCUGGUUCUUCUGGAAAAGUGCUCGCCCCUGUCCCGCUCCCUGCAGAACCUCACUAAAAGAGGAGAGGACAAAGGCUCCUUUGCGGAAGGUCGACGUUGGUCCUUCGACAAGCUGAAGAAGGAGGAGAAAGAGGAAGAGAAGAGCGCUCAGGGUUCCUCCGCCCCUCAGCAGGAGGCGUCGGCAGGAGGGCGCCCCAUGCAAGCGGCCACGCCAAUCGUCUCUGCUGCCGUGUCGCCCGACAAAGGGAGGAAACUCCGAUUGUUCUCGUCAGGUAGAAGCGAUUCCCUCCCGGCUAAGACGGACACGAACCAGAGCGGUUCUGCUGCUGAGGGGAGGCUCAGGGGCUGGUUCGGCUCUGGUGACUCCCAGAACAAACCCAGGCUGGAAGUUUCUCCUAAUGUAGAAAGCAGCUCAGAUGCACCCCUUCCCGCCCCUCCUUGCUCCCCUGUACCUCCUCAGUGCUCCUCACCCCCUGCCUCCCCUUCCAGCCAUGCCUCACCUGACGACUGCAGUCACAUUAACCUCUUCACCCCUUCUCCUUCGCCUUGCUCGCCCCCCCUCUCACCUUCCAACCCUUUCUUCCAACACAUGCAGCGCAACCCCUUUUUUGAGGCUCUCAUAGCUGAAGAGUUGCAGACGUCGCCUACUUUCAGGUCGUGCUCCUCUUCCCGCUUCCGCGACGCCGCUGGUCCGGCUCAGUGCGGAGCAGCCGGCGGCGCUUCGGGAGUUAGCUCUUCAAAUGCGGCUUCCAUAAAACGGGAGCGCCCGCGGCCGGUCACCAAGCAGGGAUCGGUUCCCGCUUUACACAAAGCAGCCCUCUCCGAGUCCCCCGACCACUGUGCCUCUCAGGCCACGCCAGACAGUGCAGCAGAGUGGGAGGAGUCUUUUGAUGCCUUUGCCUCCAGCAGGCUGAACUCUCCUAAAGAUGGUGCUCCUUCAAAACAGCAAAAAGCCAAAACAAGUUCAGUUAACAACAACAUCUAUGCACAAGAUCUGCAAGCAGUAAAAGAGGAGCCUCCUCCUUUACCCCCAAGGCGACUACUAAGGACUCCAGUGAAUGAGAUUUUCUCUGACGGCUGGCUGCACAGAGGUCAGGAACUGGCUGUCCAUAAGGAAGCCUACCUCCUCUCCCAGACUGGAGUGGCUUCCCUGCAACGCGGCAAAGAUGCUGAAUGCAAGCCAAGCAGGACAUCUCCGGACCCACACACUUGCAGGGAGGUGUCCGACCCUACCGCUCACACAAACGCCAGCUCGCCUGGAGUCACCCCUGAAGAGCAGUUCAGGAAGUUCAAGUACAAACCACUGGAAGAUGACAGUCACUGCUGGGCAGGCAUGCUGUACGAGCAAGACUUGUUUGGACACGUGUUCAGAGGAAAGGCUAUGGUGGACGGUGACUUUUUCUCAAUGACCGCAGAGGGAACUGCUGGAAAUAAGAUCAAAUCCAACCCUCUGGACAGCGAGGUACUAGUCUGUGAGCAGAGCAACACUUCUACCACUCCUUCCAAAGAACCAGAUAGUUCUAGCACUCAAGAACAGGAGAUAACAGAAUCAGAUCUACAUAAAAUCACAUGCCUUAAUACCAAUAUGUAUUAUUCCUUAACUUUGGGAGAUCUGAACAUGAAUGUGAACAAUUCCGACUUUGAUUUUAUUGACUCUGACGGAUCUUCUCCCUCAGAUGUAACUGAAAGUCACAAAAACAAACAUUCAGGUGAGACUUUUACAUUUAAAGAUUCACAGGUAUCUGUGUACAACAACAGACCUGAGGACAUUUUCACUCUGAAAGAAACCUACAUACCUACAACAAACUCCUCUUUUGAAGUUACUCCAUCUUUGAAUAAACUUAAAUCACCUCCAAUUUGCCAAGACAACCAUCAGUGUGAGCAGACCAACAGGGUCGACUCAUUAACCACUCCAUUUAACGUUAGGACAGACUGUAAAGAACAGGAAAAACAAAAUGAAUGUAGCAAAACCAGUAAAGAUUGUGAUGACAACGGGAAUCCGCAACUCGAGUCAGCCAAACCCAACCUGAAUCCGUCAUUUUCAGGUGUUGCUAGCGCACGGAUCAGACCAAAGGGAACAUCCCGACAAAACAGCAACGACAGCCCGAAAAGCCAAAGCAAAAACGGGGACAGAGACUUGGAGCAGUUCUUGUCUCUCGUUCAGAACCCUCCAGAAAGGGGUGGAGACCACCACAGAUCUGAGAAACCUUCAGAGAUCAGCUUUGAAGACCUCCACGCACACGUGGCACCCAACUGCAGAACCCCCGUCAAGUCAAAGAUUGAAGAAUCUUUGACGGAGCUUGAACGUUGCCCUUACAACACCCCACCUGUGCUCUGUUUGUUAGCUCAUACCCCUACCUGCUCCCCAAAACCUCCCUCCAGCGGGGGGUCCCACUCCUCCUCUAACACCGACCAGCCCCUGAUCCAUGCACGCCACUCACCUCCGCCUGAGGAGACACAGCCUGCUCGUAAUCUUCCCCUCCAGCAGAGCAGGCCUCACCCUGUGAAGCCUUUAACAUCCACCCAAUCGGAAAAGAAGGAGAGUCGCUCAGUUCUCGACAAGCUCAGGUCUACCAUCACUCCUGGACGCUCCGCCCAGCAGGCCUCAGCCGAACCUGAGAAGAGUCAGGCGGAGGCUCUGGAAAUGGCGACCCACUAUCAACACCUGACCAACAUGGAGCUGAUCUCCCUCCUGCUGCAGCAGGAGAUGGACAUGCAGAAGCAGCAGGCGGCCUCAGAACAGCAGGGGGCGCAGCUGGAGAAGUGUGAGACCGAGCUGAGAAAGGUCAAAGCACAGGUUCGAGACCUGGAGGACUACAUUGACAAUCUGCUUCUGAGAAUCAUGGAGCAAACACCCACUCUGCUGCAAGUGCGCGGGAGACACAAGUGAGGCUGGUGUGACACUGUUCAUGAGCGACACUCGUUGUUCUGGAGGCAGUUCCACAGGUUCUGAGAGGUUCUCACAGUCAUCCAGGUUUUUCUCACCACUAAUACUGCCCUGUUGAUGCAGACGAGCCAUUCCUCACCAUGCAUGCAGGUUAAUAUUCAUGCUGGGCAAACAUAAAAAAAGCAUAGCAGCCUGCUUUGAUAGAUCGCUUUCAGAAAAGCAGAUCUUGAUUGUAGAGUAAGUUUAGAUAGCUUAAAUCUAUAUCUGCUUUCACAGGCUUAGAAUAAAAAAAGGCUUUUUGGGGCUAAAAUUCAUUCCUAGCUUUAAAAAGCAAUCUUUAAAAAAAGCUUUUUAUUGAUCCUCUGAGUUAAAUGUCACAAAUAUCUGUUAGUCCGAUGAACGACUGGGAAACAUAUGUCUUAUGAAUUAGUAAUUGUGGGUUGUUUUUUUUAAUAUUUUAUUUUAUGAUACCUCUCCCCUGAAAUUCAGGAUUAACUUUAGAAAUAUUGAUGCAGUAAAUUAUGAUCACAUUUAUGAUCCAAUUGUUUUGUCAUAUAGCAACACUGUAGUACUACUGUAGCAUCCUGCAAUGCUUUAUUAUGACCGCAGUACUGUAAUAAAAAGAAGCGCACACAAACUUUGCAUAUUAUUUAUUCUUUUUUUUUCUCAUCGGCUUUGUGAUGGAUGUUUAACAUUGAUGCUGAUCAAUUCUCGGAUGAGCUGCAGAGCCCCCCCAUUCCCAUGCACUUAGUGUUUACGAUCACAGGAAGUCCUGCGGCAGCAAUAACCCCGUCUCUCCACCAGAGUGCAGCCCUGACUGCGCAGUUUUGUCUCUGCUGCUUCAGCAUCCCUCCAGUGCUGACUUUCACUAGAAGAGUCUUCCUAAACCAUUUGGUCCAAAUGGGUCCUUUUGACAUUGAUGUAAAGCACCAGCUAUUCAUGCACCAUUUGUCCAAGGUAAAAACCUUUUUUUUUCUUUUUUUUUUACUUUUUGUGAAAAAAGUCUUGCAGGAAAUUGAAAAAUGAAGCCUUUUUUGCCAAGAGUUUGUCCACCUUUUGCAUAAUUUCUGCAAUAAAAAUUGUUUUCAUAUAAUAGAGUUUAAGAGAUCAUCAAUGCAAUGUGUUUAAAGCAGCUUAAUGAUGUAGUUUAUACAAAAGUUGUAUUUUUUUGAAGGGUUUUGUUACAGUCAGGUCUCACUGCACACCAGAUUCAAUGAUUCAACACUAAUCUGCUGUUUAAUUUACUUGUUUUAUAUUUUAUUUAUUUAUUUUCUGUUCUUUUGUACAGCAGUUUGUGUUACCAGGCAUGAAAAGUGAUACAAAUAAAGAUUGAUUUGGUUUGA